UUUUGCUUUUCGUUUCGAGAAAAAGCUUGGCCAGCAAAACUAUGGCCAAGGUCGGACGUAAAAAGUUCUUGUAAUUAUUUCAAGUGAAUUUCAGACUGUCCCUCCCUCCGCGUGUUUACUAACUUUUUUUUUAUUAUUCUGCUGUAGUUGGCCAUUUGCUAGCCGCCUUCUUUCCACUUUUCUCUUUCAUUGUCACUACCUUUGUUGCGGAGGUUAUGGUUAUGCUCGGUCGCUUGGUAACUUUGUGAUUACAGCAGACGGUGGUGGUUUCGAUAUUGAACUCCAAUUUGAGCUCCUAGAGGUACAUAGAGUAGGCAAUGUAUAUGUUACAAGUUUGUGGCUUAUUUUGUAUUGAUUGCAAGCAGUAGGCCCUGACUUUCUGAUCCGGAAUUCGAUUCAAGAAUGGUGCGAUUCGAGACUAGGGAUGGCCGUACGAUCCGCGUGAAUCUGGCUCUACUCGAGAAAUCCUUGGUGAUCCGGGAGAUGUGCCGCGUUGGCCAGGUCCCAGAGGACGAGGACUUCGUCCUGCCGCUGCACGGCAUACUCAGCAAUGUCCUGCUGAAGAUCCUGCUGUGGGCUGAGUACCACGAGAAGCACGACGAGCCCGCCUGGGUGGCCAAUAAAGAUCCUCUUCCGGCCGCGGAGAUUGAGCUGCAGAUCUCCGACUGGGACAAGGAGUUCCUGCGCGUGGAGAUCGAUAGCAUUUGCGAAAUCAUGGAGGGCUCCAACUACUUGGACAUCCCUUGGCUCUAUAAGCUCUGUGCCCAGAAACUCGUCUUCCUCAGCAGACGUGAGUCAGAGUCGCAGUUAAGCGGUUACUUGGAGAAGAUCCCACCCCUAGGCGAGUGAGUUCCAGGCCCUUUUCAUUGAGGAAAUUCAAAAUGAAUAGGCUGAUUUGUAAAAGGAACGACUGGGUUAAAAUUGUCUCUGGGCUGUAUUCAAAACUUCUGAAAUACAAAGAAACAAAAAAUAUUAAUAAUAAUAUUAGUAGCUUUCCGUUUUCGUGACCUAUAACAAUGAAAUAUUCAAAUUUAGCGCGAGAACCCACAUUUUUUUGACGUUCCCUUGACUUUUUCGGAACUCUUAAAUAUAGACCAUGAUAGUUUCGGCCGAUUUUGGAGCAAGUUCGUGUUGGCGGAGACUUUGACCCCCUAGCCUUGCCAAAGUGCUGGCAUAAAAAAGUGCCCCAUAAACGACUUCGUCUCCGUUUUCCACUGCAAUUAAAGUUGACACGCUACACCAGCAACAACAAAAACGGCUAAAACAACAAAAGUAGCAACAACUUGACGAGGCCCUUCAAAUCUCAGCCGAGCAUGAAAAGAGUGAUGUAAAAAACGAACUGAAGUUGGUUCAUGCAAAACACCGCCAGAAUAUCGAUUCGGAUUCGAGUGAGUCAGCAGUCGGUUGUCAGUCUUGUAGGUUUGCAUUUUUUGCUUUAUGUGCUGUCAGAAGUGCAAAGGAAUAUGAGAUAUCUAAAUGUUUGCGGCCUAUCAAUUGCCGGCCAAAUAAAUUAAGCCUUUAAUUGUGAAAUCCAGAAUGGUUCGCCGCACGAUUUGUUGUCUUUUCCUGGACUCGUAUUUUUUAUUUAUUGAUUUUCUAGCUACUGAUCAGCUCUUUCGUUUUUUGCCUACAGCUGCCUGCUCUGUGUCACGGUUUGAGAUUUGCUUUAUUUCUAUUUAAUCAUUUUUGAGUUCGGGUUCUCGGGUCACGUUCUCCCCGCUGUUUUCAUAUAAAUAGUUACUUGUGUGCGUGGGGCUACAGGAAAAUCGGUCGAUUGUCAGUGAAUGAGUAAUUGUCGGUUGUUUAAGAGAUUAUGCAAUCGGAAUGGAAACGCAUAGACAUCGUAUAAAAAUGCAAAGAUCUUAAUUGAUAAUCCAAACGAUAAAUGCAGAUAUUGCAGAGAUUCUUUAAAGGGAGAUAAAUAAAAUGGGUGUAUUAAGUCAAUUCCUCUUUAGUAUUAUUUUGAGGUAUUGCAAUUUAAGUGCACACUUAGCAUUCGCUCCGCCAUAUUCACCCAAUUGCCAGAGAAACAAAUCUCUCAGAUUUUUCCAUUCCGAUUAGACGCAGCCCAUUCCGGAGGUUUCGUAACACCCUGAACUUUUCACACUUUGUUAAUCGCUGGCAUAAACACAAAAUUUCCAAAAGCGAGAGAAGUAAAAACCAGAAAACUUAACGCCGACAGAAGCGGUUGCUAAUUUCCGCCGCCUGUCAGCCGAGGCGACAAGGUCAACACACCCAAAUAUCCAAGGAAAUGGAUUGAAAAGAGGCGAACGCCGACGAGUUUGCAAUUUGCUGGCUGGCUAACCAUCCAUCCGCAAAAGCCCCAGCGAAGUGCCAAACAAAUCUUGAAAAUCAUUUCUUUGUGUUUGACUGACUGCGCGAAAGGUCGAGUGACACUCUUUCGAGCGUCUGCCGCUGUUGACUUUGACCGGCUGAUAAAAACGCGGGGAAAACAAUUGCACAACAAACACUGUUGGCCAUAAACAGUGUAUUGGCCUCAACCAGAGCCAAUUUGAAGCACACUUUUUGCGUUAAUAUGGCGG